GUUUCCUAAAACUGAAAAGAAACAAAUUUGGGCGCUACCACAGUGGCCUAUUUUUGUCUAACCACUUCACUAUGGAGUAGUCAUCAUUCCCCAUAAACCCUUGUUCUAAAAAUCUCUCCCCAAAUUUCUUCAAAGCUACGAAAAUUCAUCAAAUACCUUGAAUCAAUUCACCAAAUCAAACUCCAAAGACAUCAAAAUCGACUGUUUCAUCGUCAUAUUCAUCAUCAGAGUUGAGACUGGAGUGUAAACGAGUUCUUUCUUUGUUUCGUCAGUGUGAAAUGAUGGAAACUUUGAAGCGUCCGUCACCGGCGAUGGUGGAAUCGGUUUACGGUGUAACCUCCGGUCUUGAUAAGUAUAAACGGAAGAGAGUCUCUUCGAUAAGAGAUUUCCCAAUAGAUUGCUUUAGAGGUGCUGCAAGAUUGGAGCCACUGGUUUCAAAGUCUUUGGAUCAGCAGUUUGAGUUGAUUAGUGCAGUAAAAGCUGUGGAAAUCGAAGAUGUUGCUGAAUUGUCGAAAUCGCCGAACCAGAUGGAAUUUCAAGAACCUAUAAUGGGUUCAGAUGGGUUACAACCUCAGCUGGUAAUGGAUUUUGUUGCCAAAGAUGCAUCUGUGCGUUUGAAAGCUGCAGAUGGAGAUGAAACAUCUUGUUUAAAUAUGGGAAGUAGUCUUAAAGAUUUUCCUGCUAGAAGAAGAGUUCCAGCUAUACGAGAUUAUCCGAUUGGUUUGAGAAAUGUUCCAGGAAUUAGUGAUGAGUCUUUGAAGGAAACAAGUGCGGAUAGUGAUCGAGUAAAAUCAGAUCCAGAUGUAAUGGAAACAAAGGCUGAAUGGUCUGUAGAGGAGAAUCAUUCCAAGUCACCAGACACAAGUAAUACAAACACAAGUCAUACAUCGUUGAGUAAAAAGUUUGACGAAGAGAUUGCCGAUUCUGAUAAAAAAUGGGAUACACAAUCUCUUACUAUAAGUAGGAGUAAAAGUUUAAAGAGAAAGAAUUUUGAAGAUUCAGUUUGUGCCAAAAAUCAAGGAGGAGGGUCUAUCAUUCUAGGUACUUCUGGUGAGAGGAUGGUUAUACAAGCUCUAAUGGCUGCAAAAUACUGCCCUUGGAGGGAAGCAAAAGUGAAUGUCAAAUCAACCACGACGCAAGGUACAACCAGACAUCCUGUGAAGAAUCAGGGAAGUGUGCCAUACAGAAGGGAUGGCGAGAAAGAUGCACGAGGACAUGAUGAUAUGAUUGAAAAUAUUUCGUCAGUUCCAAGGCCACCAUGUUCGACUUCGAGUGUGAUUCCGUCUAGACGUCCGAUCUCUAACAAUGGCAACGUUGUAACUCGCAGCAAGGUCAGAGAGACUCUUCGUUUAUUUCAAACAAUGUUCAGGAAGUUGUUACAAGGAGAGGAAUCACAGUCGAAAGUGCGUGGAGCUCUGCCCAAGAGGAUUGAUUUGCUAACCUUCACAGAGAUGAAGACACAGGGGAAGUGCGUGAACACCGCUACUAAGAUAUUGGGACAUGUACCAGGGGUUGAGGUUGGAGACGAGUUCCAUUAUAGGGUGGAGCUUUGUAUCAUUGGUCUUCAUGGACAAAUGCAGGGUGGUAUUGAUUAUGUUAACAAAGAUGGUAGAAAUGUGGCAACAAGUGUUGUGUCUUCUGGAGGUUAUGAUGACAUUGAUAAUUUUGAUGUGUUGCUAUAUUCUGGUCAUGGAGGAAACCCAGUUCGGGGGAAUAAGUUAGCUGAAGAUCAAAAGCUUGAACGGGGAAACCUUGCUCUAAAGAAUAGUAUAAAUGCGAAGACUCCCGUUAGGGUUAUUCGUGGAUUUAAAGAGAUGAAAGGGCCCGAUUCUCUUAACACAAGGGGUAAGAAUAUGGGAAUAACGUACACUUACGACGGGUUAUACUUGGUUAAUGGUUAUUGGCAAGAAAAGGGACGCUAUGGUAAUAAUGUCUAUAUGUUUGAACUGAGAAGAAUGCCGGGACAACCCGAGCUUGCUCUAAGAGAAGUACAAAAAUUGAAACUUUCGAAAGUACGCGAAGGUCUUUGUGUAGAUGAUAUAUCACAAGGGGUGGAAAAGAUGCGAAUUUGUGCUGUGAACACAUUAGACAGUGAAAAACCACCUCAUUUUAAGUAUAUUGCUAAAAUGAAGUAUACAGCACGCCACAAUCUUAUUCCCCUCAGGAGGGGCUGUGAAUGCACGGAUGGAUGCUCUAAUUCGAACAAAUGUCUUUGUACGGUCAAGAAUGGAGGAGGAAUUCCAUACAAUCACAAUGGUGCUAUUGUGGAAACAAAGACCCUUGUCUAUGAAUGUGGCCCUCUUUGCAAGUGUCCUCCAUCGUGUCAUAAUAGAGUUAGCCAACACGGCAUCAAGUUUCAGUUGGAGAUCUUCAAAACUAAGUCAAAGGGAUGGGGAGUCAGAUCCUUGAACUCAAUACUCUCUGGAAGUUUCGUUUGUGAGUACACGGGGGAGCUCCUCGCGGAAAAGGAAGCUGAUCAAAGGACGGGAAAUGACGAAUAUCUUUUUGAUCUUGGGAGGAGUAAAAACCAAAGUAAGGGGGGUGGAUUUUCAAAUCUGAUCCCUCCCGACUUGCAAUCAACUAGUAUCUCUUGCGAAAAUGUGGAAGAUGAGGGGUUCACCAUUGAUGCUCUUCGGUAUGGAAAUGUUGGUAGAUUUAUCAACCAUAGUUGUUCACCUAACCUUAUUGCCCAAAAUGUCCUUUAUGACCAUAUUGACAAGAGGAUGCCACACAUAAUGCUAUUUGCUGGUGACAACAUUUCUCCAUUACAAGAGUUGACAUAUGACUACAACUAUGUGGUUGACUCAGUUCAUGAUUCUGCGGGAAAUAUAAAGAUUAAGGAAUGCCACUGUGGUUCUAUUGAGUGCACCGGACGGAUGUAUUAAGGCGUGCACAUGACGGUGGAGUCCGCAUGAAAAGGAGCAAAAGAUGUAUUGACCUAUUGCAACAAUGUAUUGUCGAGGGAGGCAAACCAUUCACAGCAGAAGAAAUAUGUGCUGCAGUUGUACAGAAAUAUGCACGUUAGCAUCAUUGGCUUAGGCGUCUUAAACCAUGUUGACUACUACUACUACUACAUUCAAUUGCAAUUAACAGAUGAUGUAUGAAUCUCACAAGUUUUGCAGUCUCUGAGUUCAUAUCAUUACUAGUACUACCAGUAUUUUUAUGAACAAAUCUCUACUGUCUACAGCUUGUUAAUAGAAAGUAACUUUACUAUUGUUAACUGGUUGGUUUUUACAAAGGCAUUUCAUUUCAGCUGUUCACUUAUUGUUUGUGAUGCAUCUUUGUUUGACCACAAUUUCUAUAUGAAAGAGUGUAUGUGGAUGUUUUUUCUCACAAUUUCUAUAUGAAUCAACAGCUUUUGACUUGUCAAA